UCAACCGGCGUAAAAUCUGUUCGGUCUGCCUGUGGUCCGAUGUGACCUUUUUUGAAAAUGUGCCCAUGAAAUUCAAGCCAAGAUGGCUGAAAUUUUGCUUAAUCUGUGCCUGUCCUCCAGACUAUAAAAAGCGGCGUCUCAAGCGAAUGUUAUUCAUUCAGUUUUUGAAACACGAAAAGGAAACAUGUCUUCAGUUCAAAACACUCAACUCUCCGACUAUUUGCAAGCAGAUGCUGCAGCAGGGCAACCAGAAUCGUUAUCCUUGGUUAACGAUUGCAAUUUACAUGAUACAUAUCUCAAAAACCUUCGGCAAAUCACACACUUGGGCCUUUAUGACUGCAACAUUAUCAAUCAGAGAUGUUUCAUGGAAGCAAGGGAUUCAUUGAAAACCCUUCGUUCACUUGACAUCCGUGGCAUAGACGCACUCAAUCCGGAAUUUUACAAGACAUUAGCCAAACAUUGCCCUCGAAUCGAGGUGUUGAAGAUGUCUUGCCCAAAAUUUUCUUGUAAUCGUGUGGCAUUAAUGCCGAAACUUAAGCAUCUUGAGUUAUUACAUCGCUGCAAAAAUGAAAGUCUUAGCGUUAUAGCUGCAUUGGCACAAUUAAAGGCCAAUUAUUUGGAAGGUUUGGUGAUAUCAUCAGGAAAAUUUUUAACCCUUCAACACAUUGAACAGAUUUCAAAGUUAAAGAAAUUGAAAACACUUUCCAUUACUUGCAAUGACAAAACAAUCAAUGAUGAGGGUUUGGUCAAGUUCGGAAAGUUGAAGGAACUUGAAGAGUUGACAAUCUCCGCUUGCAAACACGUCACCAACAAGGGACUCGUUUAUUUAAUGAGAAGUUGUCCGAAGCUACAGACAGUAUACAUGGAAUAUUGCGAACGCGUCUCAGGCGAUUUUAUAAAGGAAGCAGUUGAAAUAGCACGUGGCGAUAAGAGAAAGUUCACAUUUUACGCACACGCCACAGCUGUAGAUGAAUUUGAUCGAUUACAGUCCUUCGCAACGGAUUCUCUUAUUAAUAUCGAUCUCCGAUUCACAGGUCAUAACUUAGAGAUGUAGAACGUUGAAGCAUAAAUUGGAGGAUCGCACGAAGAUUUUGAAGAUUGUGAAGUUAGAAGCCGAUUAAGUCGAAAAUACACGAGAACGAAAUACACAGUUGUUGUGUGCUUAGUAAAUAAAGACAUUAUAUUUAUGAAUGCUUUAAAUUUUUGUUCUACAAUAAAUAAAAAAAUUAUAAUAAUA